AUGUCACGGCCCGAGGAGAUCGCGCCGCCCCAAGUGUUCUACGGCGAUGUCGAGGCCAAGAAAUACACGGGCAACACCCGCGUGCAGAACAUUCAGGCGCAGAUGACUGACCGUGCUCUGGAACUCCUCCAGCUCCCUCCCGGAGAGUCGCAGUUCCUUCUCGACAUUGGGUGCGGAAGCGGCCUGAGCGGCGAGAUCCUCGACGAGGAUGGGCACGUCUGGGUCGGCGUCGACAUUGCGCCGAGCAUGUUGGAGGUGGCGAUUGAGCGCGAGGUCGAGGGCGACCUCUUCCUCCAGGACAUUGGGCAGGGCUUUGGUUUCCGCCCAGGAACCUUUGACGGCGCUAUUUCGAUCUCUGUGCUGCAGUGGCUGCUCAACGCCGACUCGAACACUCACUCGCCGCCUCAGCGUCUCACGCGCUUCUUCACCACCCUCCACUCGGCGCUCAAGAACCCGUCACGCGCAGUCUUCCAGUUCUACCCCAACUCGGAUGACCAGGUGCAGCUCAUCACGCAGUGCGCACAGCGGGCCGGUUUCGGUGGUGGUAUUGUCGUUGACUACCCCAACUCAAGGAAGGCACGCAAGAUGUACCUCUGCCUCAUGGUGGGCCAGCAGGAGAUCCCCAAGGGCCUCGACGGCGACAUGGAGGUGGACGACGGCGCCCGCCGCAAGUCGAUCCAGAACGAGCGGCGCAGGAAGCGCGAGGCAUCCCGCAAGAAGCUCAAGGGAACAAAGGGGCUCACUGGCAAGGAAUGGGUGCUCAAGAAGAAGGAUCUGUACCGCACCCGCGGCAAGGAAGCGGUACCGCGAGACUCCAAGUACACUGCACGCAAGCGUCGUGUGCAGUUCUGA